CUGGGCCGAUUACAGCCCCAGAGACAGGGCAGCCGCGCUGCCGAGCCCAUGGGUAGGCACAGGCUGUGUUUUGGAUUGAGGCUGGCGCUGGAAGCGGUCUUCUUGACAUUGACCUUGUCUGGCUUCGCAGGAUUUGUUAGUCCACACAGCGCUCAGCUCCGUGGCCGCCGACACAUGGAGGUGGCUAGGCACGCUGGCCCUGAUGGCGAUGAUAAAACAGUACUAAUUUUGGGAGGAGGCAUCAUUGGAGUCUCAAUCUCGUACCACCUCGCGCAGCGCGGUGUGAAGUCGACCAUCGUCGAUCGAGCAGGCAUCGCCUCCUGCGCCAGUGGCAAAGCUGGUGGGUUCCUGGCGCGAAACUGGAACGCUGGAACACCCACCGAUGAACUUUCACAAAAGAGCUUUGACAUGCAUGAGGAGACAGCAAAGGAAUUAUCCUUGAGCUCUUACCGUCGAUUGAAAUGCCAGAGUGUGGCAGUGGAUGGGACAGGCGCCAAACCUGCCGGUGCCAAGUUGAAGAACCUGGAGUGGACCGACCUGGGAGUGCGAGGAAGUCGUUUGAUGGGGGAUGAGAGCACAAUCGCCCAGGUUCAUCCUAAAGAGUUGUGCGAUGCGAUGUGGAGCUACAGCGAACAGCAUGGUUCCAACUUUGUGAAAGGAACCGUGGAGAAUCUGUGCUACGAAGAUGGUGAUUCUGAAAGACACAUUCGUGGGGUUGUGGUGGAUGGGCAGAAGAUGGCCUCAGAUGUGGUAAUACUCUCCAUGGGACCCUGGGGUGAGGUUCUGCAACAAGCUGUGCCUGCAUGUAGCAUGUUGGGCGUGAAGUACCAUAGCGUUCUGAUGCGAAGUGGACGAGUCCUCAAUGAGGCCGUAUUUUUCUCCGGUCUUGGCGAUCCAGAAGUUUAUCCGCGAAACGAUGGUAAUCACUAUGUCACUGGCUUCCCCGAUCCUCCCCAGGUGGUGAAGGAAAUCCCUGGAGAAGUUGAAGUGCCGUGGUGA